UGGCAGCAAGAAACCAAACAAAAGACAUUAAGUGUGCCACACAUCUCCUGAAUGAUAAGUUCAGAAACAUGACUGAGGAGAAGAAGGCAAUUGUGAGGGAUCUUGGAUUUGGUGGGUUGAUGCACAUCCCACCACUGAGGGUGGAUCACCAACUCUUAAGGGAGCUGGCAAACAACUUCAAACUUGGGGAGAACAAACUGAGGACAGGAUAUGGUUCUUUCCAUAUAACCCCAAAAAAAAUAGGUGAUGCGCUUGGCAUCAAUGCAACAGGAGAUCUAUUUCCUGAGAAAGUUGACUACAAGAAACUUUCUGAAUCUGACAAAAUAAUUUAUAGAAGAUUCCAGGGUAAGACCCUCAAAAGUCUUACCGAUGAUAUGAUGGAAAUUGGCGUUGGCAACGAAGAGGAACGCCUGAUGUUCAAGAGGAUAUUCAUCCUCUACAUACAGAUGGCGUUCCUUUUGCCAACGACGAUAAACAAAAUAUCGCCGGUGCACCUGGUCCCGAUUUUUGAGAUGGAGGGCAUAGAGGACAGAAACUGGGUGGGAGUCCCGAUCCAAUUUUUUGUGCCGCCAUCCCAGCAAACAACCACUGACGCAGAUUCCGAACCAACCCCUAUGCUACAGAUUGAAGGGGCAAGAGAAACCACUCCUGAAACCCCCAAACAACAUCAAGAAACAACACCCAAGCUUCCCCCAGCUCCAACAAAAAUUCAUCCAGACGCCGAGGAAGCUGCUGCCCUGUUGAUGAUGGCACGGACAGCAAGCUAUGUUCCUAAAACAGAUCUGCCGAUGCCAUCAUUCAGCCUUGGAUUGACAGAUUCAAGCCAGGAGGGGGCAUCGACGUAG